AAAGUAUUUGUUUUGACUGUUUAUUUGUUAAGUUUGUACAUAUUAGUGUGGAAAAUGAAGAAAUUUCCUGUGAAAAUUGAUCUUUCAAGUUUUUUCGACGAUGAAAGAAAAUACGUUAUGCUCCUGGUAGAUCCACAAUGGAAAAGCGUGGAAUAUUUGCAACAACGUGUGGAACAAAUAUUUGACGUUCGUCCUGUGCACUUUCUCACAAAUGAUAACCUUUUUAUUCCCCCACAAGAAUCCAUAGAAGUAUUAGAAUUUACAGAAUCACUUAAGGCUUUCAUUCCGAAACAUGCAGUCGAGGAAUCUCGUCGACGUUCAAAGCAAUUUCGGAAGCCGGAAAUUGAAAACGCUUUUACUAUCAACGCAGAUGAAUCGCCGAUUGGGAAAGAUUUAGUUAAGAAGAGAAAAUAUACUUUGGGUACGGAGAUAUUAAGUAGUUCCACUCCAAGCAGCAAAAAAAAAUCAAAAUGUGCCUCUGCUGCACUGCCUAGUUCUUCAACGCCAUUCUCUAACGAAUCGCAAGAAAUCACAAGUACUAAUGAACAAGGCAGUUUGCCAAGCAAUGGUACGACAGCGCUUCGAAAUCGAAAUCAUGGUAACCUUAAUGUGAGCAAUCGCAAAAUAUCGUACUCAGAUGUAGUAGAAAAUCAGAUUGAAACAAUUAAUGAAGAGCUAGACAAAUCGAUACGAAAACGCAAGCGAAAACAAGCUCGCAAAAUAGCGGAGCAAAACAAUGGCGUUAAUGCAAAUUCAAUAACUUUGCUGCCGGAUAUACCUUCUUCAACUUUUGUUAACAACUCAAAAUUAAUGGGGAACAAUUCGCAUAUACUGUUCUCUGAUGAUUCGAUGGUUUUAGAAUCUACAAAGGAUAAAAAACUAACUAUAGAUAAUAAUACUUCGAUCAUUCGUAAACAAAUUAAAUCGCCAAAAUUGGUUUUUAAAUGCAAUUUAGAUGAUGAUAUUGAAGUUCAAAAGCCAUUGGUUUCGCCCUUAAAAGUAAUCAAUAAGAGUAAUAAAGCUCCGAAGCGUAUCAUAGACAUCCAAGAAAAUAUACUUUUGCCCCCAGCCGAUAUAGAUAUCUUAACACAAACAAGCCCUGUGAGAGAAUCAAGCACCAAAUUGGAGCAAAGCAAUGCUUCAAAUACUUUAAAGGUCACAAAUGGGUCACAGAAUAUCGAAGCUAGAAGUGGUAUUGAAACUGAAAAUAUAGAAAAAGAUAGCAACUUGGAAUAUCCAAAGAAUAAUAUCAAUAACGAUUUUGAGUCCACAAAAGACUUCACCGAGUUUGGCAAUGAGAACAGACAAAGUGACUUAAGCAUUACGAUCGGUGUAGAGAAUCCCAGCGCUUUGGAUGCUACAACAAAAGAAAAUGAAAACGAUUCAUAUACAGAAAAUGUGGAAGAGAAGACGCAAUCAGAAAAAGAAAAUGUAAUAAAUCAUAAGGAAAUAGUACCCAACAACGUAAAAGACGAAACAGAGCAUUUCCGCGCUGCAAAUGGUUCGCAAAGCGAGGCAAAAGAUGAAAAACUCCAGAAAUCGCUAAAAGAAACCUCUACAGCAACGAAAGCUGACACGUCGGAAGGAUCUAAGGAUUUAUCGGCAUUAGAUGAAAGCAGCGUUAUAGACUUGGAUGAUGAAGACGAAGACGUGAUUAAUUUAAGUGAUGAUCAACAAUCGUUGUCAAUGAAUCAUAGUGCUAGGCUAUCAGAGAUCUUAAGCAACAGCAUAAGCACAAUGGGCGUCGCUGAAAUGAUGCCGUUCUGUACGCCGCUCAUUGGAAUACCCUCGGUAGGCGACAUUGUCAUAUUUAAGUUUAAUCGCGGAGUUUUAAGUGAGAAAAGUGAUUUAUCCGAAUUUAUAGCUUGUAAAUGCGAACAUGUAAAUCGACGCACGAAAGUUCUAAAACUACUUAUAAUAGAUUCGAGCCUAGAAAACGAUUUCAUUCCACCUCAAUACAUGUACAAUACAGAUGAAUCAUUAACUAAUACAUUUAUAAAUAUAAAGUUACCGGAAAUGAUCGAUGCUAAAGUGUUGCAAACAUGAAAAUUUAUUCCUUUAAUAAAGUAUUCAAAAUAAAAUAUGUGUUUAUUGAUGUUAAA